AUGGCUGGUCUACAGAGAUCUGUUGUAUCCUUCCGCCGUCAGGGAUCUUCCGGGGUUGUUUGGGACGACAAGUUCAUAGCCGAGGAGCUUAGAAAGGCCGGCAAAGACGAAGGAGAAUCCAGCGCGGUGCCGGAACUCAGGACAGCAAGAAAUAUUCCCCCAAUCAAAACCAAUGACCCAACACGAUCAAACCACGCUGGAGGACGGGGAUUCCGGAGUAAGGAGACGGCGUCGCCGGCGGUGGAACCGCCGUCGCCUAGAGUUUCUGCUUGUGGGCUUUGCAGCGGUUUCGGGAAAUCGAACGGGCAGAAACAGAGAGCGGCGUUGGCCGGCAAGCGCCGAUCACGGUAG